GGCUCUGGGAAACCUGAUGCUAAUUAAGCCUUUGGAAUGCCACAUCCUGACAUUCUCCCCAGAACCUUCUUCAGAGAAGGUUCGUUACGACCGCUAGCAAAAGAAACACCCGAGAUUCACUUUCUAAAUAUUUACGGACGAGGGAUCAAGUAAAGCACUUCAGACUCCAACUAUGACCGCUUUUAAAGCUCUACUACUGUUUUUGUUGUGCAUCAUCCCGUUAGUUAGACGUGUAAAAACGGUGUCGGAAAUAUGCAGGGGGCUCCACUGUUACCCCAUGGAACCUGAGGAACCUAGACCGUGCACAGGCAUACAUUGCCCGGGUCGGUCAUCCAGACCAUCUCGGCCAUUCACGCCAACCUCCCAGGGCAGGUCUCCGCAGAUCACACCGAACCACCACAACGGCCAUUCUGUUUAUCCAUCCAGGACUUCCACUGAUCCCAACCCCAUCAUUCACUCACAGCGAGGAGGCCACGCGGAAAACCCCAAAACUAGAACGAUUCAAAACAGAGGUACUGGCUGUACAGGGGAUGAUUGCGUCUCUCCAACCGGGCAAGCUAACAACGAUACCAGAGACUGCAAAGGGAUUGAAUGUAAAUUGCCCUUAAGGAUACGGCUGAAGCCCAGACCUAUACCACACCAGUGUGUUGGAGAAAGCUGCUCCUCUGCUUCGGCGGCUUCUGCUGCUGCUGAUGUUCAUGGACAGCCCGCGUUGGUUCGUGUGUCCGACCGGGCUGCGCAGUUUCUAGGCGAGUUUCCAGAUUUCGGAUACCCGGCGUCAGAACUCGGUGGAGCUCCAUUAGGGGUACAGCUUACCUGUGAUAUUAAACCAGGAGAAAAUGAAGUUCCCUCUGAAGAUGCCCUUAUUCUUCAGCUGCAGCUUGCGAAAGGGCAGGAGAAGUUUGUGGAAGCUCUGAAAAGCCAGCAGAAAGUUCUAAUUGAUUUACAGCAGCAAGUUACUCAACAGCAAAGCACGCUGAUUAGCCAACAAAAGGAGAUCUUGGAACAGCAAAGAAAAAUGUAUGAACAGAUGGAUCUCGUAAAAGAUCAGUACAGUAUGCUGUUUGAGACGGUUAAGCAAAUGUCCUUUCAAAGUUUGCAGGCAGAUAUACAGAGCUAUUUCCAAAGUCAUCUUCAGGGCCUCCAAAACCAGGUUAGGAGCCAUCUUCAUAAAUCCUACGCCGUGCACAAAGUGGAUGUUGAUGCAAAGGUCAUUGAUGUUGGGGGACACUUUUCCACCAAUGAAUGCGGAGGUUGUAAUAGUGAUGAGUACUGCCAUUUUCAAGGCACGCCUCCUCAGUGUGAGAAAUGCACCUUGUGUCCACCAGGGUUUUUCCUGGUGUCAGAGUGCUCUUUGAAUGCUGACCGUAUUUGUCAGGACAGGGAUGAGUGCAUAGAAUUACCAACCAUUUGUGGAGAGCGAGUCAAAUGUCUGAAUACUCCAGGUGGUUUUAGAUGUCUAGGCAUUGCUGAAAGAGAUGCAGCUUCUGGAGUCUGUGGACACGGCUACUUCUUCAACAGGGAGCUUCAGGAGUGCCAGGCGUGUGGCGAGUGUCCAGGCGAAACAGUGGCUGUCGCCUGUUCAGCGGCCAGAGACACUGUUUGCACUGUCCUGUCGGAAAACAAGCUUUCUGAAUCCUGGUCUGCAGUGGUCACUGUGCCCCCGUCCAAGUCUUCAUCCAGUCACAUCUUCCCAGGCGUGUACCUGAACGUGAACGGGAAAGGGCACUCUGACCUAAUUUCCAAUGAAGACGGUAAGCUGCAGUUCAAACAGCAUGGGCUUGUGUGGGCUGACUGCAACUUUGCAUUGAAACACAGCUGCCGGAACUUUCUCCAGCUGUCUAUGAAGCUGAAUGACAGCGAGGAAGGGUGGGAGCUGAGUGGAGUUCGCAUUGAGCAGCCCGAUGGCAAGUACUUUCAAAGUGUGAGUGUGAGCGGUACAGCUGAGGUGGAGCCCAAUUACACCAUGUCCCUGUUUCUGAAAAGUCCCAAUCAGUACUGUAACCAGAGCAAAGACCUUAAUGUAUAUGACGUCAAUACGCCAUUCAGUGUCUUUUGGCUAUCGCAUGACACGGGUGCAGUGGCCAUGUCUGCCCAGAUGUCAAUGUCGGUGCAGUACCAGACCAACUUCCGCCCCACUUUUAAGGUCAUUUCCAUUUCUGACCCCUAUAUGAUAAAUCUGUCACAUGACGGCCGAGGGGUGAGGUUCAGAGAGAGCGGAGUAGUGAAGUUUGUAUUCCAGCAAGCGCUGUAUUCUAUGGGCCACACCUGCAUCCGGGAAGGUUUUUCUCUGGUUUCUUACGUGAACAGAAACGGGACAAAUCAAGAGCUGAUGCAGGUCUACAAACCCGGUGUGAACUACAGAGACACGUCGAUCUCUUUGUCUGGAGCAGUGAAGGUCAGCGCCGGGGACAUGAUCAGCUUUGAGAUCCAGUCUCCUUCGCAGUGCAACAUCAGAUACUUUGGAGACAACUCUGGCAUCAGCAUGUUCAGCCUCAUCUGGAUCCCAUCUGCUGUUUCCACUGCCCUUUCUGCUACUGUCUCCAGAACAGGGCUGCCUACAGGGGCUGUGAGAAACAAAGCCAUCCAUUUCCACCAGGUUUCUUCAAAUGAGAACCAGAUCCAGCUUGUGACUUCAGGAAAGUUUGCCCAGAAGUACUUUGUAUUCCGUGAGAGUGGGGUGGCCAGUGUAGCUUUUAACCUGAAGCUGAUCCACUCUUGUAAUAUUGUUAAACUCACUCUAAAUCAGCUGCUGGGUGAUCAGAUGCAACCCCUGCCUGUUACCCAGCAAAUUGGAGGCCAUAUGCCUGAAGGGAGCCAGUGGACAAGUGUUGGUCUCCGCUCCUCCUUCCAUGUUCAUAAUGGAACAAUGAUAUUCAUCACAGUGGACUGUGUGCGGGGCAGAAUCAAUCAAAUUGCUCAUGAGCGAGGCACAAAUCUUUCCAUUCUCUGGGUUUCAUCUUGAGUUUUGGAAAUACAUUCCAUAUAGCAAAGAGAAAUGACAAUUUGCACAAAGGUGCCCUCGAAACUGAAACAUUAACAAAACUACAUUUCAGGUUUACAGGUUAGAUAUUAUGUUAAUUACAGGGGUAGAGGUUUCAAACACUUUACUGUAAAAUACUGUUAAAAGUAAUUUUAUAGUGUUUUGCCGUUUUCAGUUUUAGAACGUUAGUAUUUUAAAUGUUUUGGUUCCAUAUGUGUAUAUAAUUCCAUUUUUUCCUGUAUGUACUGUUGGUUUGUUGUGUUGUUUGUGUCGGAUUUACAGGUCUGUUGUGUUAAAAUGAGAGAAUGGAAUGAAACUUAAACUUGUACUAUAUUAAACUCGUAUCAUUUUAUAUGUUCCUUUGUGCAUUUGGACCCCGCAGGAGCCAGUGCACAAAGACAUACAAUAAGUACUGACAGUGAUAACUUUGUAUUAUUUAACCGAGCUGGUUGAAAACUGACCUAGAGAAUAUGCUACAGUAUUUACAAUAUUUGUAUUUUUGUAUUAUUAUAUUUGUCUUUUAUUUGAUUUAAGAUAAUAUAAAUGUUGUGCUGAAUGUAACAUGUGUACAUGUACAGUAGUUUCAUAUUGGCCCCAGUCAAAGCAAUAAUGCUUCAGAACAUUCUAUUCUUUGACUAAACUGAAAACACAUACAAAGGGGAACAAUAAGCAGAACACAUAAAUAAUGUAUACAAAAUGUACAUGUUUUUGCUUUAUUUCUUCCAGUGCCUAGCUCAAUCAAUUAAAUACUGUAACAACA